ACACCAGCCAUGAGAGUUCUUGUGUUUGCUCUGACUGUGGCCCUUGCGGCAAGUCAACAGAUUAACCUUGUUCCAGAGUUUGCUGCUGGUAAGACCUAUGUCUACAAGUAUGAAGGACGGAUCUUGGGCGGUCUGCCUCAGGAAGGUCUGGGCAUGGCUGGCAUAAAGGUCAGCUGCAAGGCUCUCAUCAGGGCUGAGGCGCAGAAUACCUAUCUCCUGAAGCUUGCAGAUCCUAAGAUCUAUGAGUAUGCUGGAAUCUGUCCCAAAGAUCAAUUCACUCCUGCUUCUAAGCUCACCGCAGCACUGAACGCUCAGCUUGCAACUCCCAUCAGAUUUGAGUAUGCUAAUGGUGCAGUUGGUAAAGUAUUCGCCCCUGCCAGAGUGUCUGCAACUGUCCUGAACCUGCACAGAGGCAUCCUCAACAUCCUUCAGCUCAACCUCAAGAACACCCAGAAUGUCUAUGAGAUGCAAGAAACUGGAGCUCAUGGGGUCUGCAAGACUCACUACAUCAUAAGCGAGGAUGCAAAAACCCGUCAGAUUGCUGUGACAAAGUCCAAAGACUUGACCAACUGCUACAAAAGGGUCGUCAAGGAUGUCGGUUUGGCUUACGCUGAGAAGUGUGCAGAAUGCCAGCAGAGGCUUCAGAGUCUGACUGGAACUGCAACCUACAGCUACCGCCUAAAGCCAGGUGAUGCUGGUGCUCAGGUCUCAGAGGCUACAGCUGAAGAGCUCCAUCAGUUCUCACUGUUCAAUACAAUGACUGGAGCAGCCCAGAUGAGAGCCAAUCAAACUUUGACCCUAGUGGAGGUGCAGGGUACGCCCAUUGCCCCUGCCAGCGGUGACUAUGCAGCUCGUGGAUCCCUCAAGUAUGAGUUUGGCGCUGAGACUCUCCAAACCCCCAUUCAGCUUCUGAAGAUCACCAAUGCACAGGCUCAGACUGCAGAGGUCUUGCAGCAUCUGGCUGCAAACAAUGUGGACAUGGUCCAUGAGGAUGCUCCACUGAAGUAUCUUCAGCUAGUCCAGCUCCUGCGUGCUGCUACUUUUGAGAAUAUUGAGGCCAUUUGGAAUCAGCACAAGACCAAACCUCUUCACAGACGAUGGAUUCUGGAUGCAGCCCCUCUUGUGGGUACACCAGCAGCUUUGAGGUUCAUCAAGGAAAAGUUCCAAGCUGAUGAGUUCAGUACCUCUGAAUUCACUCGGGCCCUUCUGCUUGGUUUGCACUUGGCCACCGCUGAUCCAGAAGCUAUUCAACAGGCUGCUAGUUUGGCGUUCAGUCCCAAAACCAGGGCCAUGCCAGCGUUGCGUGAGGUGAUGAUGCUUGGCUAUGGUUCCAUGGUUGCCAAAUACUGUGCUGAAGUUCCUACCUGUUCUGCUGAUCACUUGAAGCCUGUCCAUGACAAUGCUGCAGAGGCCAUUGCAAAGGGUGAAAUUUCUGAAAUCAGCCUGGCUCUGAAGGUUCUGGGCAAUGCUGGCCACCCUGCUAGCCUUAAACCCAUCAUGAAGCUUCUGCCUGGAUUUGGAUCUGCUGCUGCAGCCAUGCCCACGAGAGUCCAUGUUGAUGCCAUCUUGGCCCUCAGGAACAUUGCCAAGAAGGAGCCAAAGUUGGUCCAGCCAGUGGCACUGCAGCUUUUCAUGGAUAAGAAUCUUCACCCAGAAGCACGUAUGGUUGCCUGCAUUGUAUUAUUUGAGACCAAACCCUCAGCGGCUCUUAUGUCCACCAUUGCUGGUGCAAUAGAGAAAGAGCCCAGUAAGGAAGUGGCCAGUUUUGCUUACUCUUACAUCAAGUCUCUGACCAGAAGCACGGCCCCUGAUUUAAUGAAUGUAGCUGCUGCAGCUAAUGUUGCUGUCAGAAUCUUGAGCCCCAGACUGGACAGACAGAGCUACUUUUCCAGCACUGCUUACCACUUGGACCUUUAUGUUUCACCUAUCAUGACCGGAGCUGCUGGUACUGCUUUCAUCAUCAACGAUGCGGCCACCAUUGUGCCCAGAGCAGUUGUGGCAAAAGCUCGUGCUUACCUGGCUGGAGCUGCUGCUGAUGUUGUUGAGAUUGGUGUGAGGACUGAAGGACUCCAGGAAGCUCUACGGGGAACUCCAGCUGCAGAUGAGAAUGCUGAUCGCUUUGCCAAGAUAAAGCACACCCUGAAGGCACUGAUGAACUGGAAGGCUAUACCAGCCAGUGAGCCACUGGGUUCUGUCUAUAUCAAAGCCUUCGGACAGGAAAUUGCUUUUGCCAACAUUGACAAAACCUACAUUGACAAUGCCAUUGAGCAGGCUGCUAAACCACGUGCACGUGAACUGUUGAAGGAGGCUGUUAAGGCGUUGCAGACCGGCAUUGCCUUCCAGUAUGCUAAGCCUGUGCUGGUAGCCGAGGUGCGUCGCAUCCUUCCCACUACUGUUGGUGUGCCAAUUGAGCUUGGUGUUUACUCUGCUGCUGUUGCUGCUGCAGCUGUAAAUGCUAAGGCUGCCAUUACACCCCCUUUCCCUGAGAACCCAGAGACUUCCAUUCUUGAUCAGCUGAGGAAGACUGAUUUCCAGGUGCAAGCUGAGGCCAGAACAAGUGUCACCAUGCAGAACUUUGCUGUGAUUGGAGUGAACACUGCCUUGAUUCAGGCUGCUGUUAUGGCCAGAGGAAAGUUCCAUGCUGUUGCACCAGUAAAAGUGGCUGCAAGAGCUGACUUUGCAAGGCGCAGCUUCAAGGUGGAAAUCUUGCCAGCUGCAAAUCCUGAUCAUGUUGCUGCUGCCAGCUUUGAGACUGUCGCUGUGGCCAGAAAUAUUGAGGACCAACCUGCUGAGAGAGUAGCAUCUCUGGCACCUGCAGCACCCUCUGAUGCUCAGACCUGGAUACCUGCCUCAAUUCAGAAGUCCCUGUGUGGUGCUGACCCUUACUUUCACAUCAAGGGAUGCAUCGAUGUCUCCUCACGCAAUGCCGGUUUUAAAGGAUACAAUCCUCUUUACUACAUUGUUGGACAGCACUCAGCUCGUAUUUCAGUGGGAAGAGGUGAUACUGCUGCGUUUGAAAGACUGGAGAUUGAAGCUCAUAUUGGUCCUCAGGCGGCUCAGAAACUUGUUAAACAAAUCAACAGUGCUGAAACUGGAACUCAAGAAGAAAGCAUCAUUCUACUAAAACUGAGGAAAUACUUGGAGGCUGGGCUAAAGAACUCGAACUCCAGUGCAAGCAGCUCAAGUAGGUCCUCAAACUCCAGUGCCAGCAGCAGCAUGAGUGCCAGCAGCUCUCAAAGCUCCUCCAGCACUCGCUCAUCUCAGACUCUUCUAGCAUCUGGCCCCUUCAGGAAAUUUCACAUGGAUCAGUACUUGGCCUCACAAGGAACAUCGGCCAGCAGUGCAUCUAGCAUUGAGGCCCUUCAGAGACAGGCUAAGCUCCUUGGAGAUUCUAUUGCACCUGCUUUUGCCAUCAUUGCUCGUGCUGUCAGAGGUGAUCGCAAACAGGGAUACCAGUUGGCAGCAUACUUGGAUAAGCCCAAUUCGAGAGCACAGUUUGUGCUUUCCUCCACUGCAAAUGAUGAGAAAUGGAAUCUGUGUGCUGAUGGUGUCCUGCCAAGCAGGCAUAAAGCCAGCGCUAGGGUUGGUUGGGGUUCAGAGUGCCAAGACUCUUCUGCAACUAUCAAGGCUGAGACUGGUCUGCAUGAAUCAAACCCUGCUGUUCGUUUUGAACUGGACUGGGACAAAGCUCCAAGACUUGUAACCCUUGCAGCAAUGAAUGCUAUAAGGAUUUGUGAAUACCUCCCAACGCAAACAGCAGCUCAUCUGGCUGGAAUUGCUGUCAACAGAGCUGAAAAUAAAGCAAACAGUAUUGGCAUAAUUAUAGCUCUACCAACUAAGAGGUCCGCGGACGUCAUUGUCAAAGCUCCAAGGAUGACCGCUGCAAAGAUGGCUAUGCCUCUUCCUUUUACCCUGCCUGUUGAGAAAGACGGAAGCAUUCCAGCUCUUCAGAAUUCAGAUAUUCGUGUCAUUAUUGAGAAAUGGCUGAAUGGCAUUCAGGCCUAAAGUUGUUUCAUUUGAUCAUAAAUAAGUAAAUCAAUAAUAAACAAAAUGAAGAGGACCUAAAAAACUCUCUCUUUUGUGUGCUUAUUUAUUUAGUUAGCAAUUAUUUGGUCCAAGAUAUACUCUCAAAAAAUUCCCUCUGUGAAUUACAGAGCUUUCAUUUUGAGGAAUCUUUUUUCAGUGGGCUUCAGAUCAAAAGUUUAUUACUUCAGUUUCAAAUAAACU